AUGUCGGCGUUCGAGGAGUUGGGCGUGUGCCCCGAGCUGAUCCGUGCCGCCGACGACGCAGGCUGGCUCCUGCCCACCCCGGUGCAGGCCGAGGCGGUGCCGCUGAUCCUCGGCGGUGGGGACGUGCUCGCGGCGGCGGAGACGGGCAGCGGGAAGACCGGCGCGUUCGGCAUCCCGGUGCUGCAGAUCGUCCACGAGGCCCUACGCGACGCGGCCGCCACGAGAGCGACGGGAGGCCCGUCGGCGGCGACGACCGACGAGACCGCGCACGGAGCCGCGUCGGUGCGCGUGAGCGUGGACGACCGCUCCGCGCUCUUCGCCGUGAACAACUCGCCCCCGGACCUCCCAAAAGGGCUCGCGCUGACGCAGGCCCGGUCGCCGGCGCAGUGGGCGGGCGCGCGCGCCACCGUCGGCGUAGCGCACGGCGGACGCCAUCACUUCGAGAUCACCGUCGUGGACGACGGAUUGGUCCGGUGCGGGUGGAGCACCGUCGCGGGGUCGCUGGACGGCCUCGGCACCGAUUCGCACUCGUUCGGGUUCGGAGGCACGGGGAAAAAGUCGCACGGCGGUGCGUUCGAGACGUUCGGCAAGCCCUUCGGCGCCGGUGACGUCGUGGGGUGUUCCGUCGACCUCGAGCGCGGCGUCGUCAACUUCUCAAUCAACGGCCAAGACUGUUCCGGACUCGGUUCCGGCGACAAAUCCGGCGACGCGUUCACGAUUCCGGCGUCCAUGAGGGGCCACGCGCUGUUCCCGGCGGUGUGCCUGAAGAACGCGGAGUGCGUCGUGAACUUUGGGCACGCGCCGUGGGCGUAUCCCCCGCCUCCCGGCCACGACGGCGUCGCCCGCGCCGACAGAAAGUUUGUCACGAUGAACGACGGCCCACCCCGCGGGUCGACGAAAGGGGGCGCCGGGAACGGGGGGGAACGAAGGAGGACCGGCCGGACCCCCAAGGCGAUCGUGUUGGAACCCGCGCGCGACCUCGCGGAGCAGACGUUUAAUUUCUUUAAAUCCUUCGCUACGAACUUGAGGGACCCGACGAUUUCCGCGGGCCUCUUCGUGGGCGGGACGGACGUGAGCGGGGAUGUUAAAACGUUGCGCGACGGGUGCGACGUCGCGGUGGGCACCCCCGGCCGUAUCGUCGACAUGGUGGAGUCCGGUAAGCUCGACGUCUCGAACGUCCGUUUCUUCGUGUUGGACGAGGCGGACCGACUGUUGGACUCGGGCAACCGGGGCGCGAUUUUGAAACUCUUCGAUCGGAUGCCCAAGAGCGGGGACGGGUUUGUACGGCUUCAGGUGCUGCUGUUCAGCGCGACGCUGCACUCCGGGGACAUCGAGGACCUCGCCGCGAGGCUGUGCGAGCGCCCGGCGUGGGUGGACCUGCGAGGGAAGGACUCGGUGCCGGAGACGGUGCACCACGCCUGCGUCGUCGUCAACCCCACAGAACGUUCGACGUUUGAUCGUUGCACGUUCGAAGACGCGUCCGGUGCGACGUUACCGCCCGUCCCCACCGACAACGCCCACGCGCACGACGACGUGAACGAGGGCGCGGACCUCGCGGCGUCCCAGUCGGUCAAGCGGCUCAAGCCGCUGGUGCUCAAGCGAUUGAUCGACGCGCAUCGAAUGGACCAGGCGCUCAUCUUCUGUCGCACCAACUUCGACUGCGACAACGUCGAGUCGUUUCUGAACGCGUGCGGGGGCGGGCGAGCGUACCGGGGCAAGUCGGAGAAGGGUCCGGAAAAUCCGUACAGCUGCGUCGUGUUGGGAGGCGCUCGAUCGAUGGACGAGCGGCGCCGAAACCUCGCGGCGUUCAAGGAGGGCGACGUUCGGUUUCUCAUCUGCACCGACGUCGCCGCGCGGGGUUUGGACAUCAAGGGCCUGCCCUUCGUCGUCAACGUCACGCUGCCGGAUCGGAGCGAGGAUUACGUCCACCGCAUAGGGCGCGUGGGCCGGGCAGACACGAUGGGUCUGGCCAUCUCGAUCGUGUCCGCGGUGCCGGAGCGGGUGUGGUACUGCCAGAAGAAGGGGUAUAAACCCUGGUUCAACCCGUCGAGGGCGGACGUGAAGGAGCACUGCGUGUGGUACGACGAGGAAAAGUUGCUGAAGGACGUCGAGGCGAGGAUCAAGGCGCCCGUCGCGAGGAUCGACCCGGCCACCUUGGCGUUACCGAAGGAGCUGCUUCGCAAGCUGGGCCGGGAGGAGGGGGGGGCGGGCGCCGGCGACGUCGGCGUGUACGGCAAACGCGUCGGCGGCGAGCUCAACGCGGAGAUAUCGGCGCACCUCGAAGCCUACGCGCCGUCGGUGAAGCGACUCGCCGAGCUCGAGGUGCAAGCGCAGGCGAGCUUCUGGCGGCUCAAGCGAAAGUUCGCCGGGUGA